CGCAUGAUCAUUGGUGUUGUUUCCUAGCUUUCUUCUUUUGAUGCAAUUGGUGGUAUAUGUCGGUGAUGAAUUGAUACCCUGUGUCGGAUUCUCGGAUUGAUUUACGACAACGAUUAUUCCUCGUGUUCGGACAGUGCGCUAUUGCUUCUCGUAUACACGACAGAUUGACACCACCACCACCACCACCAGCAACACCAACACCUCUCUACAAAGACAUACAUACAUACAUACAAUACAUACACAACCUCAACCUCAGCCUCACCAAUCCAAAAUGUCCUCCACAACCCCCCAACCCGACUCAACAACAACCAAACCAAAAUACAACCUCCGCAACCCCCUCCCCCUCUCCGCCGCCCAAGAAGCAGAAGUGAAGCAACUCUACUACAAGCGCGUGCGAUCUCUCUGUGCGCCUGAAAUCAAGGCAUUCGCCGAAUGCGCCGUCAACCGCACAAUAACAGCAACAUGGGUAUGUCGGGACCAACGACUAGCGAUGAACUCGUGCAUGGUAGCGCAUGCGAAGCCGGAGGUAGAAGAUCGGGCGAGAGAGGAGUGGUUUGCGACGCAUGAGGAGCGGAGGAAGGCGAAGGAGGAGGAGCUUGCGAAGGUGGAGAGACGGAGGGAGGAGGUUAUUCGCAUGAUGAGGGAGGAUCAGGAGAGGCAGGCUGCUGCGAAAGCUGCUGCUGAGAAGAAGUAGAGGGAAAUUGGGUGGGCGGGUGUGUAUGCGGUUGUGUGUGCUGU